AUGCCAUGGCACUCUUGCUCCCACACCUUGUUUUGCGGUUCAAUAAAGCUGUGGGAAGAUACAGAUAGGGUCAACAAAGAACUAACUUAUCUCCAACUCCAGAUUCUCCCUAAAGCUUUUAUCCAAUUUAAAGCAUUGACUUUUCAGAUAUAUACUCUAUUAUGUGAUCAGAAUUCUCAGAUGCAGCAUUGUGAGAGAAUAAACCUCUACCAAUUGGGUAGAUUUGUGACGAUGAUAGAUACCCCAACAACCUGGCUUCUUUUCCCGGAAUCAAACCGAUCAGAAGCUUAUUCGGGUGAAAAUUCAAUUGAUUUUCAGAUUCGGAUGCUAAAUUGGGUCUCUUUAGCUCUUUACAACAAUGCAGUCUGCAACACAGACAGUGAUCUAGACAAAGUUUGUGACCAUGUGACCUUUCUUGAGCUUCUAGGGCUUAAAAUCCAGGAGGUGGAGAGAUAUAAGAUGCAUAAGAAGUUCAAGAAAGCUGUGGAAAAGCAUGACCAGGACUUGAGAGAAAAAUUGAGGUCAGAUCUCACACCCCAUCUAGGUGAUGAGUUGAGUUGUGGUGGAAGCAAGAGCACCAGCAGCAAAAGUUAUAAUGAGAAAAAGGGUGGGGGUGGGGGGGUAGUGGAGAUAUAG